GACACUUUCUUCUUCUUCGCAUUCAUUCAGCUGGCUCUCGCACUGACACGCGUUGCUUUUUGACGGUUUUUUAUAUGGGCUACUUUUAGUACAACAACAAGGUGAAAACGGAAAGUAGUUUUGAGACUGGUUACGAGUUUCCACAAGGAUCGACAGUGCCACAGAAAUAUUAAGUCAGCAAUCAAUAUGUCUAUCAAUUUGCGCACCGUUUACGCUUUUGCGAGAGAAAUGUACCCAAAACUUUCAAAGGAAACCAUUCAAUACGGAACAGCUGGGUUUCGCGGCAAAGCCGAGUUCUUGGAUAGCGUUAUGUUCCGUAUGGGCGUGCUGGCCACCCUACGUUCCCGGUUUAAGGAGGGCGCUGUCAUUGGCGUAAUGAUUACAGCGUCACAUAAUCCGGAGCCCGACAAUGGCGUUAAACUGAUCGAUCCGAAGGGUGAAAUGUUGGAUCACAGCUGGGAGAAGAUAGCCACAGAUUUGGCCAACGUUAGCGAUCAAGAACUGGAGCAGCAUGUAUCUAAAAUAAUUAAGGACAAUGAAAUCGAUAUUAACUCAAGCUCCUGUGUCUACGUGGGCAUGGACAAUCGCUAUCAUAGUCCACGUUUGCUCAAAGCAGUGGCGGAUGGUGUCAUCGCACUGAAGGGAAAUGUGCGGGAAUUCGGCAUAGUCACAACGCCAAUGAUGCACUUCUUCGUAGUGGCUUCCAACACAAAGGAGGUGUAUGGCAAGCCCACAGAGGAGAGCUACUACGAGAAGCUCAUUUCCGCUUUUGAGAAACUCCGCAAUGGCCAGCUAGAGAAUGGCAAGUAUCGCAAUCGUCUGAUCUUCGAUGGAGCAAACGGAGUUGGUGCUAGAAAAAUGCUGCAGUUCAUCAAGCGCAUGAAUAAUUCCCUUGAUGUGACGGUUAUAAAUCAAGGUAUUGGGCCGGGCAAGAUUAACGAGGAGUGCGGUGCAGAUCAUGUCAAGGUGCAACAAAGGCCUCCAGUCUGCAUGCCAAUCGUAGAACCCUUUACGCGUUGUGUCAGCGUCGACGGCGAUGCUGAUCGUGUGAUCUACUUCUUCACCGAUGAAACGGGACAAUUCAAGCUUCUCGACGGCGACCGCAUUGCCACCCUAGUAGCCGGCUACCUGAUGGAUUUAGUUCAAAGUUGCGAGCUCGACCUGAGAUUGGGCUUAGUGCAGACGGCCUAUGCCAAUGGCGCAUCCACAGAUUACAUUGUCAACGAUUUGAAGGUGCCCGUUUCCUGUGUGCCAACAGGUGUUAAGCACUUGCACCACAAGGCACUGGAAUAUGAUAUUGGCGUAUACUUUGAAGCCAACGGCCACGGCACCGUUGUGUUCAGCGAUAGUGCUAAAGCAACGAUUAGCGAAGCAGCCAAGACGAAACCCCAGGCGCAGACUCUACUGCAGGUCAUAGAUCUGAUUAAUGAAACUGUCGGCGAUGCCAUCUCGGAUAUGCUGUUGGUGGAGACGAUUCUGAAUCAAAAGGGCUGGGAUGUUAAAGACUGGAUUUCAAGCUAUACCGACCUGCCAAAUCAACAGCUAAAGAUUCAAGUUCAGGAUAGAAAUGUUAUCAAGACCACAGACGCGGAACGUGUGUGUGUAAAGCCGGAGGGACUACAAGAUGAAAUUAACCAGGUCGUUGCAAAUUAUAAACGUGGACGUGCAUUUGUGCGUCCAUCCGGCACAGAGGAUGUGGUACGCGUAUACGCCGAGGCUUCCACAAAAGAAGAUACACUUCAGCUAGCGUACGAGGUGGGACGAUUGGUGCAAAAACUUGCAGGCGGCGUCGGACCGGAAUUAGUUAAUCCAAGCAAUAAUGCUCACUUGUAGUCAAUAUUUAUAGGGAAGGCUUGCGUGCUUAGGCAUAAUCUCACAGAAUCGCAUUUAACCGGCGUGCUUAAUUGGUAGUCUUCAUUUUACAUACUACUUUGGAGAAUAUGUAACUAGUAUGUUUAAUUUUUACACCGCCUUAAAGUAUACACACUUUCAGUCACGUAAAAUGAUGCAUUUAUAAUAUAGUAAUAAUCCCAAAAGUGAUUUAUUAGUUAUGUUUUACAAAAGAAAACAGACUAAAAAUUCUCAAAUUAGAUUUUUUAUAUGAUUUACAACUGUUAAAAAUUGUCAGAAUUGCAUCGAAGUAAUUUUUAAAAGAAAGGUCGGGGUGCUUAACUAUAUGUCUGUUCCUAUUCUAAAGUACUUUAACACUCAGUCAUAUAUCCAUGUAAACCUCUUUAACUGCAAUAUGUAUUAUUACAAAUGUGUUGUGGAGACAAUUCGAGAGAUUUUAUAUUCUUGCCAGAAUAAAAAAGUACGGAGACUGUUAUCACAAUAUUGUGACUGUCACAACUAUAUUUUAUAUGCUUUAUGGUUUACUCAUAUUUAUCAAGGUUUACAUAUACUUACAUAUCGCUAGAAGUGCUUCCCCUAGUAUCCUGUA